UUUUAUUGUUCUUUUUAUUACAACCAAAAUCAAAAAAAUUAAGGGGGUAAUUUCGGUAACCCUGAAAAAUAUCGUUAUACACUUAAUAAUUUUAUUUAUAUUUAUACAAGAACGUUCCCAAUAGUGAAAAAAAGAAGGAAGAGAAGAGAACCAGCUCAAAAUAGCAAGUGAGAAUGGAUCCUGAUACUUUCACGGCGAGCUUUUUCAAGUGGGACCCACGAGGGGUAGCAGUGUCUCCUUCAUCGGUAGGGGUACCGCAGUUGGUGCCGGCGGCGGCGGCUUACGCAGCGGCGGCUUCUAGGCCGGUAAGGGAGCUUGGUGGCUUGGAAGAGCUGUUCCACGCGUACGGAAUCAGGUACUACACGGUGGCUAAAAUAGCAGAGCUAGGGUUCACAGUUAGGACACUGGCUAAUAUGAGGGACGAGGAGCUCGAUGAUAUGAUGAACAGUGUCCAACAUAUUUUUCGCUGGGAGUUACUCGUUGGGGAAAGGUACGGAAUCAAAGCCGCUGUUAGAGCCGAGCGCCGCCGUCUGGAAGAAGACUACGAGUUAUCUCGCCGCCGCUCCUCCGCUGAUACCCCCACCAAUGUCAUCGAUGCUCUCUCCCAAGAUGGACUGUCGGAGGAGCCAGUGCAACAAGAGAAAGAGAUGGUGGGGAGUGGCGGAGGAGGAGGAGGGGGAAAAUGGGAGAACCAGGCAGUGAUUUCUCAUGUAGAGAGGAGGAAUAAUAAGAAGCAGAGACGGCGGAGCUCAAAGGGGGCACAAAGGAGAGUGAUGGCGGUGGAUAGCAACAUUCACGAGUUCGUCAACGACAUAAACGACGCUGCGGAUCAGGAGGAGGAUGACGACGAAUACGACGAAGAUGACGACGACAAUAAUAAUAAUGUCGUUUUUGGAAAGGAGAGCGGUCGAAGUAAUAGUUGUAGUUCCGAUCAGAUCAGGAUUACCUGCGAGAGACAGCGUGAGCAUCCAUUUAUCGUGACGGAGCCUGGGGAGGUUGCACGUGGCAAGAAGAACGGUCUCGAUUAUCUCUUUCAUCUCUACGAGCAGUGUCGUGAUUUCUUGUUUCAAGUCCAGAGCAUCGCCAAGGAGCGCGGUGAUAAAUGCCCUACCAAGGUGACAAACGAGGUGUUUAGGUUUGCAAAAAAGGCUGGGGCGAGCCACAUUAACAAGCCAAAAAUGAGGCAUUACGUGCAUUGUUACGCCCUGCAUUGCCUCGACGAAGAGGGGUCCAAUUCGCUGAGGCGGGCGUACAAGGAGCGAGGCGAGAACGUCGGGGCGUGGCGCCAGGCGUGCUACAAGCCACUCGUGGCCAUAGCCGCUCGCCAGGCUGCAUGGGACAUCGAUUCAAUUUUCACCACCCAUCCGCGUCUCUCCAUUUGGUACGUCCCAACCAAGCUCCGUCAGCUCUGCCACGCCGAGCGUAAUGCCGCGACCGCCACUGCUGCCUCAACUCCUUCUGCUCCGUCUACUGCCACUGCAUGCUCUGCCUCCGCUGCUCAUCUCCUUCCCUUCUAAUCAAUAUAUAUAUAUUUAUAUAUGAUGCUGUAAACUGUAAUUUAAGUCUAUUUUCUAGUGUGUUUUACUUGAUAUUUCAUCGAUGGUAUGUGGCAUUUGACUUGAUUUUGAUCGAUGCAUAUUUAUUUGUCCUAUCCUAAGUACUAUUACGUACUCCUGUAUGUA